AUUUACAAAAAGAAAAUGAACGAAUUCUUCCCCACAGAGGAGGCUCAUCAGGAUGAGACCGAAGUGAAUGAGAAUGCAGAGGGAAUGGAGCAGAAAGGCCAGUCUCCUUCACCCGUGAAAUGCAAAGCAAAACAAUCAGAGAACCUGGAGGACGAUAAUGAGGGUGACAAUGAUACUGAAGCAGAGCGAAGUGCUGGUGAGCUGGAAACUCAGAGUAAAGAAGGAGAUGAGGCAAUGCCUACAGUUACAGACAACUCAACAGAUGGAAGCGAGACCCUAUGCUUGGAAAAAGAAUCUUCUCAAGAGUCCAAAGCUACGCAACAGCCUAAUCCAAAGCCUCGUGCAAUCUGUGAACAAGAGCAAGCUGAUGGGCUCCCAGAUGAUUCUACAGAGGCUGAGAUGAACACUCAGACAGAUUCUCAAGUCUCCUACAUGGAAACAGAAGAAUCUUUGACAACCCAAGAGGAGACCACAAAAGAAGAGAAAGCACACAUUCCUGAAGUAGAUGCAACUAAUCAGGAGAACAAAGGAGAAGAAAAGGUCAUUUCUGAAGGAGCAGAACAAGGAAAAGAAAAGCAGAUUCCAGAGCCAGGGGAACCCGAAGGCCCAUGUGACACAGAAAACAUUUCGAGUAAUGAUGUUGAAAUGACUAGUCAGGUUGAAAACGCAGAUGAGCCCACAGAAUCCCAAACGGAAAAUUAAGCUCCAGAUAUCCACGAUAAAAGAAGAGAGCGGGAUGUGAAUCGAGAACUGCAGUCACGGGUGCAUUGUGUGACGAUAUUUUGACUAGCAGACAACAGCUCACCGUGGAGUGCAACAUGGGAUAGGGAGGGAAGGGGAGGGAAGGGUGACAAAGGAACAAUGAUUCUUUACAUAAUUUUAUCUUCUCUGAUUCAUUUUGUUGAGUAACCAACACUCAGCUUCUCUACUCUGGCUAUGGUGUCUUGGUUUUGUUUUCUUUGCUUCAUCCCUGUAUUUUCUGCAUCUUUUCAAAAGCUCAGCUCCCCUCUGCCAAAGGAAAAAAAAGAGGGGGGGAAAUCCUUCUGCAAAAGAGAGAAGUACCUUGUUUCUAAGGAUUUUUGUCAGUUAACACUUCCUCCUGAGGGAAGCAUGGCUGCAAAGGGUAUUUUAAAGAACAAUUCCCCAAAUCUUAAGAGUUUGUUCCCACUGGUUGUGAAACUCUUACAUCUACAGCUAUCUACAUUCAGUGAUGAUGGUAGCACAUAUUUGUACCCUUUGUCCCACUAGUAUGAUCAGCCCGCCAAUACUAGGGCCUAGUAGUUUCAGCUUGUUAAGACUUUUCCUGCUGCCUAUAGAACACUAUGAGAAGUAGACAUGCAUAUAUUAUUGUGAAUUAAAUCUUAGGGUCAGACUGUGUAGCCUGAAUAAAUAAGUCAAUCCCCUGCAGCUCUAAUACCACACACUGGUUCUAAUACUAACUGGAAGCUGAACACCACUUCUAGGUGGAGAUUCCCUGUAUGAUCAGGCCAGUCUAUCCGGCAAGAAGCUUACAUGGAUGACAGAGCAUUGCCAUGCAAAAGUGGCCUCCACAUAAGGGGUUAAUGACAUUUGAAGUAGCCCUCAGACUUAGGUUUUACCUAGGCACGUGUGCACAGCGAGGUUACCAAUGGACAAAAUCAAUAUGUAUGCCACGGAGAACAUAUCUGUCCAUGGAUAUGAGUCAUGAUGUCUAAGAAUCAUAUGUCCAUCCACUGUUCAUCUCCAAGAGCCGAACAAGAGGAGAAAAGGUCCCUUUGUUCUUAUGCUAUUUGUCAACAUUGCAGGAACUAGAGUUUCUUUAGAGCAGCUGCAUUUUUCAUAGGACAACCAGUCUCCAUAAUUCACAACUGGUUAAUUAACUUAUUUAUAGUAUGAAACAUUUUGUCACCCUUAGUGGUGAUGCUGCUGCACAUAUCAACAAACACUGUAUUUUCUAAUAAUAGCUCAGCAGCCACCCCUUAUUAAAGUUCCUGCUAUUUUCAGUGCCCUCAAAUUUGGGAGGAUUGCAGAUAUUCUGCACCCUAGCACAUUAUAAAAUAUGGCUUGUGGCUUUAACAAUUUAUUGUCAACAUUGGUUACAUUUUUCAAUUGCAUAUGCACACUUUUUAAUACAUACAAAUGCAAUUAACAGUUAUUUGGUGAUGAAUGUUGUACCAUAUGUUAUCUGUUCUGCUAGCAAAUGCUGGGCUCAAUUUAAAAAACAAGAAUUUUACAUUCAUUUUUCACCCACCCUGUAAAUUAAACUGAUACCAUACUUGCAAAAUAGAAAGAACACACAGCAUGGGUCCAGGGUUUGAUAUUCUGUAAACUACUUCCCAACUGCUGCUAAAAACAAUUAGAGGAAUGGUUUGAUAUUUUGAGAAUUUCAUUUUACCUAAUUAUGCACAUGUACCAUCCUCCAAAAGUCUUAAAAUAAUAAUUUUUCAGGCUUGCAAAAAAUAUAUACAUAAACAAAUAAAGGUAUAUAUGUGUGAAAGGAAUCUGAACUCUACUAGCCUUGCUCAUUUUGUUAGUUUCUUUCAACAUAAAUCUGGAAUAAGGUAGUAAACAUAGUUUAAGAUUCCACAAUUCUAUAUGGAAAUAUGAACUAGUUCAUGACUAAUUCACUGUAGGCAGAUACAAGAUUGUUUUCAGUGUCGUAUAACUAUGCUUUUUAAUUAUCAACAUCUUUGUGGGAAAACGAAACAAUGUGCCAUGAAAUUACAACAUUUGCACUUCAGCUAGUCAUUUCUCUGUCCUUUUGAACCAUCCAGUGCAUUGGUGCCCAAGAAGCUGGCUUUUGUGUAAGAAAUCACAGAGAGAUUAAUAUCAAACCAGGUACCAUACGAUCAACUCUAUUGGUUUCCUUUGCAUCCACAUGGUCUGUCAGUAUGCCACACUUAGGCGGUGUGGAUUUACCUGUGGAGCCUCUUUUCUUUUCCAUCUCUACUGGCUAAGCUGGAGAGAUCUCUUUCUGCUAAUAUGUCUUUCCCUGUAGCCCUCUUUUGUAUUGAUUCAAUAUUUUUUAUAAAUUCCUCUGACUGUGAUCAAAGGAGUGGCAAGCUGUGCAUCGCGAUUGUUUCCACAAUUUAGAAAAUUGAGUCAGUAUAUGGAUUGACUUUAUACAUGAAAAGAUUGAGGUGUGGGGAACUAUAGAGCGGGGGUGGGCGGGGGGAAGCAACAAGGCUGCGACAGUUAAUUGUCUUGGUUCUAUGCACACAUCACCUUAACAGGGUUUUCUCCUCUCUUUCUGAUGUUAUUGCUUCAAUAUGCAAAUGUGUGAAAGUAUGGAACAAAGCUCAGGAUAAGAAGGUGGGAAGGGUUAAGGAGUGAGAAACACAAUCCUAUGCAUGUUUACUUAUAUGUAAGUUGGCACUUGCCAUCAAACGUGCAAAGGAUUGCAGCUUCUAUCUUGACAUUCUAAUUCUAGGCUUGAUUUACAAUUAUCUCACUUAGAAUUGUGGGAUGGCAUUUGAUGGGUGGUUCAUUCUUUGAAUUUAGUGAUCUGGAGACAGUAAUUUCACUCCCAUUUGGUUUUCCUAGUGCUGUAUGAGCACGUCCUAACACAUGCUGAGCAGAUGCUGUGGCUUAGACCCAUCUCAGGUUCUAUAUACUGUAAUGUUUUUGGAUAUCAACUCCUCAAAUUUUGUAGGCAGCAGGAUUUUGUGUUGCCUGGAGAAUUCUGAGAAGGUGGUCGAAACAAAAAAUUCGCACUUUUUUUGACACUGUUUGGCAAGUGUGCUGUUUGGCAUCUGCACAUGUGGAUUGGGACCAAUGUAUAUGACCAGUAAAUUCUUCUAAUUCUUCUAAGUAGCCUGGCUUGUUAAAAGAAAGUGACAUAGAAAGGUUCCUUUUACAGAAUCAGAUCUUUAGUCCAUCUAGCUAGUGGCGUCUUAAGGUUUGAAGCAGAAAAUUUUCCUCAGCCUUUCCCAAGGGCUGAACUUGAGACUUCCUGACCAAAAUCCUUUUUUGUAGCUACAUAAAUGGAGUAACCUUGAAUUACCCCAAUCACUGCAGACAUUCCCAGUUGCACAUUGACAGAGUCAUACAAUGAAGUACAAAACUGAUAAUAUUUGCAAUGAUUUCUUACCUUGGGGCAGCUUGUCUGCAAGAGUUACACUGUGCUACAGCACCUUAGUUAGGUAAGAGAAUUUGGGCAUUGAUAUGCAAAAGCAUGAGCCCUAUCACUGUCGCCCUUCCCCAGUAAAUUUCCACAAGUAAUAGGAAAAGUUUGCAACUUCUCUGAAAUUAAGUUUGCUUGAAACUUACAGAGACUGAAGGGUUCCGUUCCCCUAGCAGCCCUGGAGUAAUGAUACCAUGAAGCAAUGUUAAAAAAACCUCAAUUGCUUUCCAUUCUUUUUUAAUACUAUCGUCAAAGUUACGUAAUUCUAAUUCAUGUUUUGUUCUUUUGUGCUCAGAUAUGUAAUAUAGCCACCUUUUGGCAUCCAGUUCCCUCAAGCAUCAUUGUGAUUAGGUUUCAGAAAAGAUCAGAAAAAAGUAAGAACAAGCUGGGUGUGAAAAAAUAUUCAGAGACCCGAAGAGGUGUUCCGCUAAUAGAAGACUGAAAAGUGCUUGAAAUAAUUAGCUAUCAAAAUACUAGAUUACCGUUUUGUCCUCCAGAAUACAAUAGUAAUUUCAUUGCUAUCCUUUAACGUUGAUCCUCCUCAACAAUUAAGCUUCUUUCAUGUAUUGAAGGUUAAUAGGAAGGUGUGAAACAAAAACAGGAAUCUAACAAUAUGAAGGCCAAAAAAAAGAGUGGUUAAAUCUCAGGAGUCUUGAUUCAAGGCCCAGCUUUAUAACUUACAGUUUCCUAGGUUUCAUGUUUGGGGGUGAGUGUGGAGAGAGCGAGAGAGAGAGAAAGCAAAUAUAGGCAAUAAUACAAUUCCCAAGUUAUUUUGGCCAGCUCUGUAGAAGCAUGGUCAAAUGCAACCUGAGUAGAUUUUGUUAGACUUUAGAGAAGCACACACUAGAGGCUGUGAAUUCUUGCAUUAGCACUGGAGGUUGCUGGUAUCCAAAAAACAUAGUCUUUCCCACUCCACAUUCCCACUCCCAGCCAUAUUCCAAAUAUGCAUGGAAAACAGAGCUGCUCUAUUACUUUCAUCACCAUACACAUGUGGGGUUUUUUAAUGCAAUUGUUCCAAAUGUUGUGAAUUUUUUUAAAGCAUCCUGGUUCUACACCGAGGCAACAUUCUAUUUUAGCAGUUGUUCUGAUAAUGGACAAAGUUUCUUUUCCAGACAUUACUUUUUGUUAAUGUUGGGUCAUAUCUUAUCCACUGCAGCUAUUUGUAAAUCUCUUCCUGAAGCUCUGAGCAGCCUCUUUUGUGAUUUAACACUGUUCUGCUUAUGCACUUGAUUUGGGGAUGGGGUGGGGGACCGAAAAAGGUUUCUCUAUAUGCAGCACAUGUCCAUUUUGCUUUUAAAAUGACAAAGUUAGCAAAAUGUAUUGGAUAUAUUUUCUUGGGAAAUAGGAUUUUUAUCAUACUUUCCAUCAAGGAUUUGCCUUACCCUGACAUUUGUGAUAUAAAAGAAAGUCAGAAAAAUAUGUAAUUUUCUUGAUCAAAAAAUAUGUUUUUACUUCAAUGCAAAUAAAUAUAGUCUCUUGCUUGCAAAAUACCUUCUACCGUAUAAUAAUAGACUGCUAAGUAGAGUCAACACAAGCCCCUUUUGUUAAUCUGACAUUUAAAUGCUGGACUUGCUGAUAAAUCUGUUCUUUUCCUUUUGUCUGUGCCAUAUACAUAACUAAAAACUCUUUAACAAAUGAUGCCUUCAUACAAAUGUUUGUUAAAAGCAACAUCAGAAUAAAACUUGUUCUGAGGA